AGCUAACUUCAUAAGUUUCUAACUUGAUAGAUUGCUAUCUUGAUAGGUUGCUAUCUUAAUAUGUAGCUAACUUGAUAGGUAGCUAAUUUUCCAAGUAGCUAAUUUACUAGGACAGCUAACUAUCAGGUAGCUAACCUACUAGAUAACUAACUUUCUAGGUAGUUAAUUUGUUAGGUAGCUAAUUUGAUAAGUUGUUAUUUUGAUAGGUUUCUAACUUGCUAAGUAAAUAACUUACAAAGUAACUAAUUUGCUAUGUAGCUAACUUAUUAAGUAGCUGACUUAUUAAGUAGUUAACUUACUACCCAACUAAAUUGUUGAAUAGCUAACUUAUUAGGUAGCUAACUUGCCAGGUAGUUAUUUUGCUGAGUAGCUGCGUAGCUGAGUAGCUUACUUGCAAACUAAUUAACUUGCUAAGUAGCUACAUUGCUAGGUAGCCAACUUGCUAAGUAGAUAACUGGCUUGCUAGGUAAACAGCUUACUUCCUGGGUAGCUAAGUUGCUGAACAGUUUACCUACUAAGUAGCUGACUUGUAAAGUAACUAGCUUAACGAGUAGUUAAUUUACAAAACAACUAACUUCCUAGGUAGCUGACUUGUAGAGUUGGUAGCUUCGUAUUUAGCUGUCUUAGUGCCUAGCUAUCUUGCCACCUGGUUGUCUUGAUACCUGGCUAUCUUGCUGUCUAGCUGUCUUGAAACCUGACUGUCUUGCUGUCUAACUGUCUUGCUACCUUACUGCCUUGUUAUCUAGCUGUCUUGCUACCUGGCUAUCUUUCUACUUAGCUGCCUUAGUACCUAGCUAUCUUGCUACCUGGCUGUCUUAGUACCUAGCUAUCUUGCCACCUAGCUAUCUUGUUACCUGGCUGUCUUGCUAACCGGCUGUCUUGCCACCUAGCUGUCUUAGUAUCUAGCUAUCUUGCCACCUAGCUAUUUUGCUACUUAACUGUCUUGCUGUCUAGUUGUCUUGCUACCUAGUGUCUUGCUACCUAGCUAUCUUAACUCCCAGCUAUCUUGUCACCUUGCUGUCUUGUUACCUGGCUAUUUUGCUCUCUAGCAGCCUUGCUACCUGGCUGUCUUGCUAUCUAUCCGUCUUGCCACCUAGCAGUCUCGCCACUUAGCUACCUUACCAUCCAGCUACCUUCCCACGUAGCCAGCUUCCAAAGCAGCUAACUUGCCAAGUUAUUAUCUCACCAACUACCUAUCUCUACAACUAUCACCCUCGCCGAGUAGCUAACUCUCUAAUCAACCGAGCCGAAUCAUCGAACCUCUCCGACAGCAGGUCUCAAAACUAAAAAUACCGCUUUCCAACCAUCGAGUCAGCCAAUUUCAAGAUCCCUGGAUCGUUCUCGAAAGCUACUUACAAGACCAGAACGUUUCGAUCAGAUCGUCUCGGAGCUGAUUUUUACGAGCCGCUUGGCGCUUCCACGACCGCCACGAUGUUACGUUCCCUGCCCGAUGGUUAAUCGACUCCAUUACCGUAACGGUCCUGUGGACCAGGUGUCCCGCGAGCUAAUAGGCGCAACGCUGCUGAAAAUGACGGCGCAGUCCUGGUCGAUCGUCGCAUCUACGCAACCGGAAUUCUGACUCUGAUUGAAAGCCCUUUCUGUGCGACCAAACGAUGCUCGGCUCGCGCUGAUCCGGGCAGAGAGACACGGGAAAUUAAGAUCGUUCGCGCGGAAGCAUCCGACUGCCGGGCAACGUCGUCCUUGGACUGCAUGAUCGAUCUUCAAGUGGACGCCGGACCGAUCGAUGGACGCUGUCACUAUGAACGAUUCGUCGCUCUACAGUAACGACACUUCUAUGGCCACGGCUCGUCCCUUUGAGAGACCGUACGAAGUGCCGACCUUGCACGUCGUGUUCCUUAGCAUCCUGUACGGCAGCCUCGCGUUCCUCACGCUGAUUGGCAACUCCCUCGUGAUGUGGAUCAUCGCGGCGUCCAAACGUAUGCAGAGCGUGACGAAUUUCUACAUCGCGAAUCUGGCGGUGGCUGACAUUGUCAUAGGUUUGUUCGUGAUCCCGUUUCAGUUUCAAGCAGCGCUGCUACAACGAUGGGAUCUGCCCCAUUUCCUGUGUGCCUUUUGUCCCUAUGUGAAGACCCUCUCUGUCAGCGUUUCGGUGUUCACGCUGACAGCGAUCGCGAUCGAUCGUCACCGAUCGAUCCUCCAGCCACUCAAGCCGAAGCCGAGCAAACGAACUGCCAAAAUCGUGAUCAUCGGGAUCUGGGUGAUCGGUGCGAUCCUGUCGAUACCGAUGGCGAUUGCGCUCGAGGUCCGCAUGGUAUCGGAGGACCCCGACGAUGCGAACUCCACUCACAGGAAACCGUUCUGCGGCCGCGUGAACUUGUCCAUGAAGACGAUGUUCAUCUACCAAGGACUCUUGCUGGUGAUCCUGCGGUAUUUGAUACCGUUGAUAGUGAUCUCCUGCGUGUACGCGAGGAUGGUGGUGAAAUUGUGGAGCAACAGAGCGCCCGGGAAUGCGGAGGACUCCCGCGACGCGAAUCUGAUGAGGAACAAGAUGAGGGUGAUUAAAAUGUUCAUCAUCGUCGUCGCAGUUUUCGCACUUUGCUGGCUGCCCCUUCAAACGUACGAGUUUCUCCAAUAUUGCUAUCCGAUCAACCACUACGAGUACAUUAAUUACAUAUAUUUCAUCUGCGACUGGUUGGCUAUGUCGAACAGUUGCUACAAUCCGCUCAUCUACGGGAUAUAUAACGGGAAAUUCAGAAGGGAGUUCCAGCAGAGGUGUCCCAUCAAAUCACGGAAAUGGUCAUCGACCACCCCGAACGAUAACACAGAGCUGGAUAAAACGCAAAGUAGUCGAGCUUCUAUUAGGUACGAGUGGAGGCGAACGAUUUCCGGCACGUACCCGACAGUCACGUCGUUUUGCAAAGGAAUACCGGUGAGGGAAUCCUCGCAGUCGUUCAUCGAGAAACACGAAACGUGCAGACGCAGUAAAAAAGGGAUCGGCCACUACUUCCAUGGCGACAACGAGAACAGAUGCUCGAUCUCGUCUAACAAAACCGAGGAACUGUACGUGUUCUCGUCGCGGAAACACGGCCAGGAUCCGGACACGGAGGAGUUAUGCUUGUAACGUCGAAAAUCUCACAGCGCGUAGGCUCUUGCCAGCUGCAAUCGAUAACCACUUGUUGUAUCGUCGCCGGAUGGAGCGUUGCUGAAGCUCGAAAUCUUUAUAUAAAUAACCAGAUCUUGUACAUACACCGACAUUUGCAUUUGUA